AUGUCCAAAUCAGCAAUCUCAAAGGGACUUGUUCAGACGAGACUGGCGACUUGCAAGCCGGUGGUGAUCCCGACUAACGGCCUGAUACCAAUCUCAAGUCUCCGUACAAAUCCCACUGCAAGGCUUCAAUUGCAGAAGAAUUUUGGCAGAAGUACUAUUGCUCGCAAAUUUCACUCAAAUCCCAUCACAACGGCAAGCUCCUCCGAACUGAAGCAGACUUUGACACCAACCCUCCUUGAUGACGUGCACAAGUUGUGGUUCGAUCAUUUGAGCUGUGAAGAGGCACUCCUCCUGCCCGAAUGGAGUGAGAUGGGAAAGUGGUUCACUCGUGACGAGGCAUUCGACGAGGCCUGCGUCACCCAAGCUGGCUCUGCUUUAGAAAUAAUCGCUGGCUCGGGAGUCUCAGCUACGCAAAUUCUCUCUGCGGUUAGCCCGUCCUCGCCAAGGGAUUGGCUCAGCAUCAUAAUUCUACUUGACCAGGUUCCCCGCAAUUGUUACCGGGGGGCCGAAUCGAAGCUAGUGUUUGAGCGCUUUGACCCAUUGGCCGAGGAGAUCGCCCUUCGGGCAAUCGAAGAAGGUAUACCGACUCAGUCACCAUAUUUCAAGUAUCGCAUGGCUUACCGUACUUGGUUCCACAUGCCCCUUAUGCAUUCGGAAAAAUUGGCUGUGCAUGAGCAAGCCGUCAAGGUGCACGAAGGUACAGCCAAAGAUGUCAAUGAGCUACUGGCUAAAGAUACAUCGACCCUCACCGGAGAGGAAAUCAAAUGCCAUGGCGUGCUAUCUAAGAAGGCGGAUGCACUUCAGGCAUUCCUGAGAAAUACUCUUGACUUUGAGAAGAGGCAUAAAGUGAUCAUUGAGCGAUUUGGACGAUAUCCGCAUCGGAAUCAGGCGCUGGGCAGAGUUUCUACCCCAGAGGAGAUUGAAUACCUGAACAACGGCGGUGAGACAUUUGGGUGA